AUGUUGAACCAAUAUUUUCUCAAUAUCAGUGUGCUGGUCUUUACAUUUCAUCUCAGCGCACUCUUCGUGACAUCAUGGCAUUGUCGCGGUUCAUAUACACCACACAUAGGGAAUCAAGCGCUCUGCCAGCCCGAUUUAGUAAACAGAACUCUAAAAAUUUGUACCGGUACCAGCUGUUCGAACAAGGCUACGAACACAGGAUUUGUUUUAAUGAAGAACUGUAUAUGGAACGACAGGCCGAAUGUCAGGGGCACAAGCCAACAACAAUGCGUAAGUUACGAUUGGGAUACUGAUGAGGGGGCGGACGGCCAAGGCGCCUACGCUUGCACCAACAAUGGUAAACAUAACUAUCUCUGCGAUGUAGACCCAAAAACAACAGGAGUUAUAACCUGUGAUGAUUGUCAGCCAUGA